AAUUCUAGUGAACAAGUUCCAGAAGCUGCGUCUGUGAGUAAAAGUAACCAGAUUCCGGAAGUUGAAUUUGCAAUUUUUGAGUGCAUGUUUGCAGUUGUUGCUUCUGCAUUGAUCAUUGGAGGGGUUGCAGAACGCGUAAAACUAUUGCCAAUUAUCAUAUUUAUGUUCAUUUGGUCUACUCUUGUUUACGACUUUAUUGCCUCAUGGUGCUGGUCAGAUAAUGGUUGGUUUGUGAGAUGGGGUGGCCUUGAUUUUGCUGGUGGUAUUCCAGUACAUAUAUCAUCUGGAGCUGCUGCUCUUGCAUUUUGUAUUUUUCUCGGAAGACGCAAAGAAACUUCAAAUCCCCAUAACAUUGUUAAUGUAAUUCUUGGCACUCUAUUACUAUGGUUCGGUUGGUUUGGUUUUAACGGCGGCACUGCAGCAUAUAAUGGCCGUGCUGGUAUGGUCUUGAUUGUCACAAAUCUUGCUGCUUCAUUUAGUGGACUUACUUGGAUGUUCUUUGACUAUCAUUUUGAAAAAAAAUUAAAAGCUGUUAGCUUUUGUAAUGGUGUUGUUGCAGGAUUAGUUGCCAUAACACCAGGUUCGG